AUGACCGAUUUUUGCCCGCGGGCUGAAGCCGAGCUUCUCGUUACAAGAACAUGCUGUCUCUCAAACGAUCCCGUCUUCUUCAUAGUCCUCAUCAUCGCAGAGUACAACUUCAAAGAGGGAGUUAUAUACCUCCAAGAUGGUCUCGCCGGCUCGAGGUUUUACCAGCCCAUGAACUCCAGCCAAUUUAUCCAGUGUCUCGACAACGAGACGGGUGAAGAAGUUGAAGUCGAAGUACAGACUGUGCUUCAAACCGACAAACCCGAUUUCGCAUUGGCCAGUCAGUGCGGUGAAUACUUCGACUUCUCUUUCAAGAAGCCCGGGCGGUUUGCUAUCUGCGUAUGA